AUGGUUGCUGAAUCAAAGUAUUACGAUAUUUUGGGUGUGAGCCCUAGUGCUACUGAGGGCGAACUCAAGAAAGCUUACAGAAAACUCGCUUUAAAGUACCAUCCUGACAAAAACCCUGAUGCUGGAGACAAGUUCAAAGAGAUUUCUCAUGCUUAUGAGAUCUUGUCUGAUGCUGAAAAGAGAGAGAUCUACGAUCAGUAUGGUGAGGAGGGUCUCAGUGGCCAAGGUGGUCCUGGUGGUAUGAAUGCCGAGGACUUGUUUUCCCAGUUGUUUGGAGGAGGAGGCAUGGGAGGCAUGGGCGGAGGCGGCUUUUUUGGAGGUAUGGGAGGUGGACGUCGUGGUCCUCAAGGCCCUCGUCGUGGAAAGGACAUGAUGCAUCAACUCAAGGUCAACCUUGAGGAUCUCUACCUUGGAAAGACCAGUAAGCUUGCUCUCCAAAAGAACAUUCUCUGUAGCAAGUGUGAUGGCAAAGGCGGUAAAGAUGGUGCUGUUCAAGUCUGUAGAGGAUGUAAUGGUCAGGGUUCUCGUAUCAUGAUGCGUCAAAUGGGACCCAUGAUCCAGCAAAUCCAACAACCUUGUGGCGAUUGUCGUGGAACUGGUGAAAUUAUCAACGAAAAGGAUCGUUGCAAGCAAUGCUUGGGAAAGAAGAUUAUGAGUGAUAGAAAGAUCUUGGAAGUGCACAUUGAGCGCGGUAUGCGUGAUGGACAAAGAAUUACCUUCUCUGGUGAGGGUGAUCAAGCGCCUGGCAUUGUUCCUGGAGACAUCAUUAUCCAACUCGAUGAAAAGGCUCAUCCUUGUUUCACUCGCAAGGGUGAUGAUCUUAUUUACGAAGCCAAGAUCGAUCUUUUGACUGCCUUGGCAGGUGGCCAGUUUGCAAUUCCCCAUUUGGAUGAUCGUGUGCUCUUGGUCAAUGUCAUUCCUGGCGAAGCUAUUCAGCCCAACAUGGUCAAGGCUGUCCCCAAUGAGGGUAUGCCUAUGCAUCGCAUUGAUAGCCGUGGCCACCUCUUUAUCAAGUUUACCGUCGAGUUCCCUGAACCCAACUGGACUGAUGAGGCUACACUGAAGAAGUUGGAGGCCAUCUUACCUCCUCGCAACCCUGUGCCUUCAGUUGGUGAUAAGCACAUUGAGGAUGUUGUCUUGGUUGACGCCGAGGCUUAUCAACACAGAGCUGGAUCAAAUGCUUAUGAUGAAGAUGGACAUGAGGAUCACCAACAUGGUGGCGGUGGCGUCCAAUGUGCUCAGCAAUAA